AUGACAUUGUCCAAGAUUGACUAUAUUCUGAAUCCUGGGAACAAGCUGGACAUCAGCAAGGGUCAGAUCGGUCGCCUUUUUCCUGAAGCGAACGCAUUUAUCAUCAACCCAGCGCUCGGAGAGCUCGAAUUCGAGGCCGAAGAGAAUGAGUUGACACUUAAGGUGGCGAAUAUGAAUGGGGAGUUCGCAGUGUUCCUUCCUCAAGCAAAUGGCGGCGCCGCUGGACGUGCAUAG